UGCCCAAAACCCUUCACUCAAUACAAAACCACUGACAAAAUCAAAAGAACAUACUAAUCCCUGUGAAUUCAAAGAGAAGAUUGUAAAAGCCGCGGGAGAGAAGAUUCUUGAUCGUCGAUGGCGUCAGGAGUGGCCACAGCAGGAGGGGGAGGAGGAGUAGAGUGGCACGUGAGGCCGCCGAACCCCAAAAAUCCAAUCGUGUUCUUCGACAUCACCAUCGGGUCUAUCCCGGCUGGUCGCAUCAAGAUGGAGCUCUUCGCUGACAUUGCUCCCAAAACCGCCGAAAAUUUCAGGCAGUUCUGCACUGGAGAGUACAGGAAAGCUGGACUACCUGUUGGUUACAAGGGAUGCCAAUUUCACAGGGUGAUUAAGGAUUUUAUGAUUCAAGCUGGUGAUUUUUUGAAGGGUGAUGGCAGUGGAUGUACUUCCAUUUAUGGGCACAAGUUUGAAGAUGAGAAUUUCAUUGCCAAACACACUGGUCCUGGACUGCUCUCAAUGGCCAACAGUGGACCAAGCACUAAUGGAUGUCAGUUUUUCAUCACUUGCGCAAAAUGUGAGUGGCUUGAUAAUAAGCAUGUUGUGUUUGGGAGGGUGCUUGGAGAUAGUCUUCUCAUUGUUCGGAAGAUUGAGAAUGUGGCCACUGGACCCAACAACAGGCCGAAAUUGCCAUGCAUGAUUGCAGAGUGCGGGGAAAUGUAAAACUUGUCAACUUGGAAUCAUGAUUCACAAUAUUUGUGAACAAUUUAGAUUUAAUGUUCUUAAGAACAAUUGACAGUUAAUAGUGUCUCUAGACAUUAUUGACCGUUUGGAUUUGCAUGUACCAAGCAGCUAAAUUAUAAUUUACUGAGCAUUUUAGUUGAGAUUCAAAAAAAAAUCUAAUGUACAUGAGGGAAAAAGCUUUCCAUAGUUUUCCCUUAUUUUUAUUUGGACAAUACAGGAAUUUAUUAGAUUAGCAUAAGCUUAGAUCAUUGCAU